AUGUCAACAAGAGACGGCGGACCGGCGGUUUGCAACAGCUGCAACUCAGUGAUACAGGGCAGAAUCGUGACGGCGCUGAACAAGAAAUGGCACCCGGAGCACUUCGCGUGCAACACUUGCCGCAAGCCCAUCGACGGCGCCAAGUUCCACCAGCACGACGGCGGCGUGCACUGCGUGCCCUGCUACGCGAAGCACUACAGCCCGCGCUGCCACGGCUGCGGCGACCCCAUUACUGACCGGGUGAUCCAAGCGCUGGGCGUGUCGUGGCACUCCAACCACUUCGUCUGCGGCGGAUGCAGGAAGGAGCUCGGCGGAGGCGGUUUUAUGGAACAGGCCGGGAGGCCGUACUGCUCGUCGUGCUACGCGGACAAGUUCGCGGCGCGGUGCGCGGGCUGCGGCCAGCCCAUCGUCGACAAGGCCAUCAUCGCGCUCGACGCCAAGUGGCACGCCAAGUGCUUCACUUGCAAUAAAUGCAGAAACCCGGUAACAGAUUCUACGUUCUCGGUGAUGGACAACAAGCCUCUCUGCACCAGAUGCGCGUAG